AUGUUUACAGAUAAGAAAUACUUGAAAGCAAGCGACGUUGGAGCCAGUUUGUUUAUCAGAGAUCAAUUGGGCCGACAAACGGACAUUGGAAUGUACGAGUAUUUCCUUAAAAAAUAUGGAGACGAAAGCACGAAGGAAUUCCAAAUAGCCAGAAGAAACUUUAUUAUGUCCACAGCAGCUUACAGUGUCGUGGGAUUUUUACUACAAAUUAAAGACAGGCAUAACGGAAAUAUUAUGCUAGACAUUGAUGGGCACAUUAUACAUAUUGACUUUGGGUUUAUGUUUGAAUCGUCUCCUGGUGGAAAUUUAGGCUUUGAACCAGAUAUCAAAUUAACAGACGAAAUGGUUAUGAUUAUGGGUGGAAAAAUGGAUGCUCAGCCUUUCAGAUGGUUUUGUGAACUUUGUGUACAAGCAUAUUUGGCAGUCAGACCUCACCAGGAAGCCAUUAUCUCAUUGGUGUCUUUGAUGUUAGACACAGGUUUACCAUGCUUUAGAGGCCAAACUAUACGUUUACUUAAAACACGGUUUUCUCCUAAUUCUACCGAUAAAGAAGCGGCUCAAUUUAUGCUGUCAGUAAUUCGUAACAGUUAUCUUAACUUCAGAACUAGGACGUAUGAUAUGAUACAGUAUUAUCAAAACCAAAUUCCAUAUUAAAUUAUGUAUACAAAUUUAUCUUUACAUGUGCAUUUAUCGAUCUUAUUUUCUUUAAUUUUCUUCUGGAAAAUACUGUCUAUAAAAAAUUAUAAAUGUAUCCUUUUAUUGUUUAAGAACUGUGUAAAUGUUGUGGCGUAACUUUGAUAUUAAUGGUUUUUAUCAUUACUAAACAGUUAUAUUAUUGUUAAUUAAUUUAAAACUAAAAUUGUAUGCAAUUUUUCUUUAGGAAAUACUUAUUUAUUUUUUAUAAUUACUAAAUUUUAAUAGUUACCUGAUUAAUAAUUUCCUGUUAUUGUUAGUAUAUGUGAUAUUCAAUUUUACAAAAUUAAAAAAAACCCUUGUGAAAAAGUUAAUUAUAUAUGUAUAGGUUUUAUGGCUUAAGGGGCGUUGCACUUUUUUUCCGUCUAAAUGGGAAGGUGGUGUAGAAAAGGUUGGGAAUAUUGGUUUAUUUUAUUCUUACAAUUAGUACGUUUCUAGAUGAGAAUAGUUGCCCCUUUUGAAUGAUUACUAAUGAGAUUAACUUUGUUUAUUACAAUACCAAAUUAAUGCUCCAUUUACAUAUGUAUAUGUAUUAUUGUGAUUGACAAAUAUAUAAUAUAUUUUAUGUAAACAAAUAAAUGGCCAAGUAGAAAUAAUUUAACACAGUAUAUAGCAGACUGGUUCAAAAAAAUCCUAAUUGUAAAACUGUAAAUCGAACAUUUAUGUAUAUAGCUUUGUUACUGCCAGCUAUAAUUCUGAAAUAACUAAAAGUUUUUCUCAUUUUAUUUAAAUGAAUAAUUGCGUUCAGGAACAAUUAAAUAUUAACACUAAGGGGUUAAAUUAUCGCAUGCAUCUUACUUCUUCUUCCUACAACUAUUAGACAUGUGAUACUUAGUCGAUUUAUUGAGCCAGUGUAAUAUAUGUACAUACAAUUUCUUUUAAAUGAAUAUACGUAUUGUAUACCAAUGCAGUACCUGUUGUCUUCUUCUUUAUUUAAGUUAAAUUAAAUUAUAGGACUUUGGUUGCAAAUUAAGUAAUUUUCAAUAUCAGUGGGGACUUAACUUUGAGCCAUGAUGAGUAGAUAUCUCUAGUCUUAUAACUUGUUGUUGUUACUGUAAAUAUGUACCUUAUUGUUAUUGUACGUAAUGUGAAUAAAAUAUUACCUAUUUUACGUUAUGCGAACGUUGUAAGUAGUAAUAAAAAUUAUUGUAAAUGCAGUUUAACAAAUAAAAAUAGAUGCAAUCCAAAGAAUUAAUUUACUCCAAUAGCACCAUUCCUCGAUGAUCCGAAUUGCCAUUGCGAUAUGCUUGGUCUGGGCCAUUUUCUGUUUUUCGGUUGCUAAUAAUAAAAAUAUUAUUUUGACUAUUUUAUUUGCAGUUAGGCGUUU